AUGGCGCGCUUCCUCGUCGCCCUCCUCGCUGCCACCCUGGUCGCGGUUCAGGCUGGAGGGCAGCUGGGCCACGCGGCGCCGGCGACGGGGGAGGUGUUCUGGCGCGCCGUGCUGCCGCACUCGCCAUUGCCUGACGCCGUUCUCCGCCUCCUCAAACAACCUGCAGCAGGUGUUGAACUGCGCACAGAAUCCACCAGCUUCGUGAGAGACCCCGAGGACAGGCCCCCCUUCGACUACCGUGAUUACAGCCGCUCGUCGUCCGAUGAUGAACCGAGCAAGAGCACCGUCGCCGCCUCCGGAGCGGGGGGCUUCGACUACGACAACUACAGCGGGGCCGACGAACGUCGUGGUGCCACCGAUGAAUACAAGGCGCCGAGCAGCAGCCUCGCUGGAAGCGGGGCGUACAUGGCUAGGGGCGGCAAGGCGGAGACGACGACGGUGUUCUUUCACGAGGAGGCGGUGCGCGUCGGCAGGAGGCUCCCAUUCCACUUCCCGCCGGCGACUCCCGCCGCUCUCGGUUUCCUGCCGCGCCAGGUCGCCGACUCCGUCCCGUUCACGACGGCCGCGCUGCCCGGCAUCCUCGCGACGUUUGGCAUCGCGUCCGACUCCACCACGGUGCCCAGCAUGGAGGCGACGCUGCGCGCCUGCGAGUCGCCCACCAUCGCCGGGGAGUCCAAGUUCUGCGCGACUUCGCUGGAGGCCCUGGUGGAGCGCGCCAUGGGAGUGCUGGGGACCCGGGACAUCAGGCCGGUGACGUCGACGCUGCCCCGCGCCGGCGCCCCGCUGCAGAUGUACACCGUCGUCGCCGUGCAGCCGGUGGAGGGGGGGCCUGUCUUCGUGGCGUGCCACGACGAGGCCUACCCGUACACCGUGUACCGGUGCCACACCACCGGCCCGUCCAGGGCGUACACGGUGGACAUGGAGGGCGCGCGCGGCGCCGACGCGGUGACCAUCGCCGCCGUGUGCCACACCGACACGUCCCUGUGGAACCCGGAGCACGUCUCCUUCAAGCUCCUCGGCACCAAGCCCGGCGGCACGCCGGUCUGCCACCUCAUGCCGUACGGGCACAUAAUCUGGGCCAAGAACGUGAAGCGCUCGCCGGCGUGA